AUGACGACCCUUCCGACGAGCGAACGAUGCGUCGUUGCCGAGAUUCACCAUCACGACAAGUUCAAAAAGUUCGUUGCCAUCACCGAAACCAGCUGGAGGGACUCACUCGAAAGCACAAUCCAAAAAUCUGAUCCCGGCGCCUGGCGCCAGACUGCCAAAGUUGCAAGAAGUCCCGCAAUCAACAGCCCUCGCUACCCACAUAGUAACAACAUCUCCAGUUCCGACCGCCACAUGGAGUCUCUGUCAGACCUCGCUUUCACCCAAUCAAUAAGAACCAGCAAGCAAGCCCUUGGCGGCCGCAUGGAAUACUCCAACCUCUACCUCAUCCACGCCGCCUCCGCAAUCCUCGACCCAUGGAUCCCAGUCCUCAUCAUCAGCACCGCCGCCAACCUUCCCACCAAAACCGCCAUCACAAAUUUCGAAAACCUCACGACCACUCCUUCUUCUGGCAAAAUCUUAUUCAUCGGAAACACCGCCGACGCCGUGACGCCGAAUUUCAACGCGAAGCAGAAGCUUCACGAAGCGUUCGAGGGUUCGGGACUUUUCACGAUUGAUGGGGCGGGGCAUUGUGCUGGGAAUGCGGAUCCGGAGAGUAGGUGUGUUGCGAAGUGGAUUGUGCCGUUCUUUGAGGAUGGGAGGAUGCCGUCGGGGAACUUGACUUACAACAGACAUCGCAAUAUCACAAUCCAAAUGCGCUUCGCUUCCAACUUCGCGACAGGCCUAUCGGCUCUCGCCACCACAACUCUCCUACAAGACAACAAGUCCAACAAGGCCAACAAGGCCAACAUCAACAACAACAACAACAACAACAACAACAACAACGCUUCUCCGACACGCUUUGCCUCCUCAAAGAUGGCCGACCCACCAAGCUACACGGCCUCCACCUGUGACUUAAUCUGCCGAAGUCGCAUCGUAUUCCCCGUGGUCUACGCCUCCUCCACCAUCGGCAUAUCCAUGGCCAUGACCGCGCAAAACUCCUGGGACUGGUGCAACGCCAACUCGGAAAUGUGCAAAAGCUCAAUCACCAGUACCUGCAACAUGAUCUCGGAAAAACUCGUCCGCGACUCCCGACCAACCCUCCUAGACGACAAGUGCGACGACAACUGCCUUCUCCGAGAAUUAGAGACUUCUUCCCAGAAAGCUGCGUUCUGGGCUAUGGAUUGGGCCAUCGGCGGAAUCAACGGAACCGGGGCCGGAGAUGUGGAUCGUGAUCUGAUGGAGAUAAAACGAUAUCUCGAGAAUUCGAGACGUGAUUCCCAAAUGGCGGAAAUUGUCACGGAGAAGAAUUUGCUGUGGAUGGAGUGGCCGACGAUGUUUGAGGAGAGGCUGCCGAUUGGUGGGGAGGAUUGGAAUGGAGUUACGGGGGAUGCGAUUAUGCUUUUGGCGAGGUUUUUUGAUGCGAAAAGGGAAAUCCCGGGAAGCGUUGAUGAUAAGAUUUUGUUGCCCGGACCAUGGCUGAAAACGGACUCUUCGGGUUUCGCAAAGAUGUGGGAACGGCUUGCCACGUAUCGCGCUGCUGAUGUUCGAAACUCCUGGCUGGGAAAGAUGGCCAGGGCUGUAUAUGAAGUGGUUCAGAGCGGGGAUGUGAAGUCUCGAGAACAGUCUCCCACAAUCUUCGAAGCAGGACGCACUACAUUCCCGACUUGGACGGGACCUUCUGGAAUCUCGCCAAAAGACUUCAUCUUCAUCGCAAAUCAUGUGCCUGGGGAGAAAAUUCCGGAUUUCGAAGCCACCUUCUCACGUCAUGGCAAUGAUGUUGCUAAACGAGCCGUGACUGGGGAUCCUAUUGUUGAUGAAAUCUUCAUGGUUGAGAAAUAUGAUGUUCAUUCGAAUACGCACUACAGUCGGUAUUGCAUGGAUGCCGCGGCUCCUGGAGAAAUUCGUGGCGAUUACCGACGUUGGGUGGAAGUGGAUGGGCAAGGACUUCCUACUACUGAGCCUCCGACACACUUCUGGUUGCACAAGAGUCAGCUGAAGAAAGUCGUGCCAGAUGACUUCAAGCCUAUCGAUGUCUCCAAAGAGGUGGACGCAGGUGAAGGUCCUUCCACUCACAAUGUCGAUGCGGCCAACCAGCCUGCGGUCGCCGUCCAAGAUAAGCUGGCCUCCACUUACGAGUUCGUCGCUGAGGAAGCAAUGGACAAAUUGCGUGUCGCAAUCCCCAUCCUCCGAGGCCCUGACAAGAUUGCUUACAACAUCGUCAAAGCAUCGAAGGGCAAGUCGAAGAACUUGUACGGAGAUUUGCAUGGAGUCUUGCAAUCCGAUCCAAGAGAUCCUAUCAGGCAGACCAAGAUGGUCACCGCAGAGGAACAUCUUCAGGAUCAAUCGCCUGAACUAUUGGAGGACGAGCCCAUGAGUGAUGCGAUUAAGCAGGGUGAGGAAGAGGCGGAGGAGAGGGCGAAGAAGCAGAAGGAGUUGGAGAAGGAGUACUUGAAAGGGCUUGAGGACCUCCUAUCCUCCCUCCCCUCGAUCCACUCCCUCCUAUCAACCCACCAGAUCAAGUCCCUCAACCUCAACCUCUCCCUGAGCCAUGCCACCCGCCAACGAACUGUUAUCCACCUGGAGUCCAACCGCCACCAUCACCUCCGGAACCUCCUACGAUUCCAGAUCCCCCGGAACCUGCGAGUCCAGGUUUUCCGCCAAUUGUACCGCCUAUACUUCCGAUUCCGCCGUUAUGGCCUGGACAUGAUGAUGAUGAUGAUGAGGAUUCUUCGAGUUCGAGAAUGUCUUGCCUUGGUUGCAUCCUUUGAAUUAGAGAAGGAAAGUGAGAAUGCUGUGAGAAUGCAGCUUGGCCAAGUCGUGGACGUCUGCUUCGACCUCAUCGUCAAAGCGUGCUUCAUGCAGACGCAAAACGAAUAG